GACUAGUCGCGCGUCUCCGGUCUCUAUUUUAUAUUUAGUUGCGUCACAGCGGUCGCCGAGAGUAUUCUGUCGCUUGUCGCUAGUGCAAUCAAUAUCAACAAUGAGUAUUCUACAAUUAAGCCCAGAAAUGACAAAAAAGUUAAUAAAUUGUGUAAAGGAGCGCCGGUAUUUGUGGGAUGUAGAAGAUAGUAGUCACAAAGAAGUGCGUAUGUUAGCGAAAGGUUGGACCGAAAUUGCCAAGGAAAUGAAAAUGCCAUUGCACAUAGCUAGAUCGAAAUGGAAAAACUUGAAGGACAUUUACCGCCGGCAGUUGCGGAAGUAUCCAGACCUGUCUAGUCCAGAUGAGUACAAGGGGCGCUGGAAAUACUUCAGAAGCCUCUCCUUCCUGUUCAAGCGCUAUGAACCUACGGAGACGCAAUAUUGGCAUGACGUGAUGGAGCCAAGCUACGAAGACGAAGAUGAUGAUAAUAAGGCUUUCAUCAUCAAAGUUGGCUCAGGCUCCGGCUCCGGCUACGUCGAAAACGGUGACGACUCAUCUGACAGGCACGACGAUGACUUCGACAAUGAUUCUGAGUCGCAAACUAAAAAAAAUAAGUCAGACGACGAUGAUGAUUACGACAUCAUGUUUUUAAAAUCUCUAGCCCCCUACAUGAGAUCUCUUAGCCCAGUUAGAAAGUUACAAGUUAGGAACCAGAUACAGGACAUUUUCUUGCAGAAAAUUAGAAAAUAACGUUCAAGUAUUCCGUAUUUUAAAUUAAGUCAGUGCUAGUAUUGAAAAAAUAUUAAGUAAGUAAGUAUAAGGAAUAAUGUUAAUAUACUUAUUGGUAAGUAAAUGGAACCAUGGACCUAAGAAAUAUCAGAUCUUUAUAAGCUAUAAGGGUCCGAAAGUAUGUUUUUAUUAUAAUAAACAAUUUUUAUUACUACAAAUG